GUCGUGCCUAACUAAGCCCAAAAACUAGCUCAAAGAAAAGAAGUGUGCAAAGAGGCUAUAUAAGAACACAUUACCUUGUGCCAAACUAAUAUGGGACCUAUAAACCUCAACUAUGUUUAGCCAAUUAUUAAUCUGCGCAGGAAUCAGCUUAUUUUUAGCAGGAAAACAAAAGCUAAGCUAAGCAAUGCAAAGCAAAGCUCCGCUUUUCCGGUGGCAGUUUUACAGCAUAAUUUAGGCUACACUCUACAGUGACACUUCCAUCACUUCACCUUUCAUGGUAUGAUACAAAGCAGAUGCACGAUUUGAUUUGGGCAUUUUUACGCUUUGAUUACAAAAGCAUGAGCAUGUCCCACACGCUAGAAAGGAAGGCCCAGUGCUUUGGACAGUUGCAAUCUUUUGUUUUGAACUUCACUUAGUUUGACAAAAAUGGCCUAUGAACAACUUCACCAUUCACCAACAGCUACACCUCCAUCUCCAACUGUGUCUCCUUCCUCCUUUUUUUCAUUCUCUCUUUCUUCACUCUUUGGUUUAUUCUCUCUUUCCCUCUCUCUCCAUGGACAAGCUUCAUCACCACCAGCAACUACAGCAGCAGCAACUCUCCUUGGCUAAGUGUUCCAGGCAGAGAUGCAAUGAAUGUCACCGGUUCUGCAUAUUUCUUUGUCUACGUUCUGGAUUUUUCGGGAUGUUCCUAGUGAUAUCACAAUAGAAGUGAGUGGAGGGACAUUUGCGUUACACAAGUUCCCUCUUGUCUCUCGCAGCGGACGAAUCCGAAAGUUGGUUGCAGAACAUAGGGAUGCUGAUAUAUCAAGGGUGGAGCUUCUUAAUCUACCAGGAGGAGCAGAGUCAUUUGAGUUGGCUGCAAAAUUCUGUUAUGGCAUUAACUUCGAAAUUACAUCUGCAAAUGUUGCUCAGUUGUGCUGUGUUUCUGAUUACCUUGAAAUGACAGAAGAGUUUUCAAAAGACAAUCUUGGUUCUCGUGCUGAAGAAUAUCUAGAGAGUGUUGUUUGCAAGAACCUUGAAAUGUGCGUUGAAGUUUUGCAACAAUGUGAGAACCUUCUUCCUCUUGCUGAUGACCUGAAAAUAGUUAGCCGUUGCAUAGAUGCAAUAGCUUCAAAGGCUUGUACUGAGCAAAUUGCCUCAAGCUUCUCACGAUUGGAGUAUAGCAGUUCAGGGAGACUUCACAUGAACAGACAAGCCAAAUGUGAUGGGGACUGGUGGAUAGAAGAUCUCUCUGUUCUCCGGAUUGACCUGUACCAAAGAGUCAUGACAGCUAUGAAGUGUCGUGGGGUUCGUCCUGAAAGUAUUGGAGCAUCGCUUGUGAACUAUGCUCAGAAGGAAUUGACAAAGAAAUCCAGUUUAUGGAAUCCUUCUAGCCAGACAAAAGUUGAUCUGAUUUCAACAGGGCAUGAAAGACUUGUGGUUGAGACAAUUGUCAACCUUCUGCCAGUUGAGAAACUUACUGUUCCAAUCAGUUUUCUUUUUGGUCUUUUGCGAAGUGCUGUGAUGCUUGAUUGCACGAUUGCUUGUAGACUUGAUCUAGAGAGGCGAAUUGGUUCCCAGUUGGAUAUUGCAACUAUUGAUGAUCUUCUGAUUCCUUCCUUCCGGCAUGCAGGUGAUACUUUAUUUGAUGUUGACACAGUUCAUAGGAUCUUGGUAAACUUCUCACAGCAAGAUGACAGUGAAGAUGAUAUGGAAGAUGCUUCUGUUUUUGAAUCUGACAGUCCUCAUUCACCGUCUCAAACCGCAUUGUUCAAGGUGGUAAAAUUAAUGGACAAUUACCUCGCUGAAAUUGCUCCUGAUGCAAACCUCAAGCUUUCCAAGUUCAUGGUCAUUGCAGAAACUUUACCAGAACAUGCGCGAACCAUACAUGAUGGAUUAUAUCGAGCAAUUGAUAUUUACCUUAAAGCUCAUCAGGGUUUACCAGAUUCUGACAGGAAGAAGCUCUGCAAACUGAUUGAUUUCCAAAAGCUAUCACAAGAAGCGGGUGCACAUGCUGCACAAAAUGAACGCCUGCCCCUCCAAGCUAUCGUUCAAGUGCUCUAUUUUGAGCAAAUAAGACUCAGAAAUGCAUUGUGCUGCUCUUAUGGUGAUGAAGACCACAAACCAAUGCCUCAAUCAUGGAGGAUCAGCAGUGGUGCACUCAGUGCAGCAAUGUCUCCACGAGACAACUAUGCAUCACUGAGGCGAGAAAAUCGAGAGUUGAAACUUGAGUUAGCUCGGUUGCGGAUGAGAUUAAAUGAUCUAGAGAAAGAACAUGUUUGUAUGAAGAGAGAUAUGCAAAAGUCUCAUUCUCGAAAAUUUGUGAGUUCUUUCUCAAAGAAAAUUGGUAAGCUGAGCUUCUUUGGGCAUAGUUCUUCUAGGGGAUCAAGUUCUCCCUCAAAGCAUUCUCAUAUAACUGAUUCUAGAGUGAACGAAAGAACAUGUGCCAGCACUGAAUAGGUAAUUAGAGUUACCAGGAUCUUUUUCUGUACUGUGAGCCAUGCUCUUGUUAACCUUUUUACUUGACUUUUAUAAAUGUUCCUCGUAUAUUAUUUCUGAUGCUUUGGUAAGCAAGAAUAGAGGUUCUUGUUUGAAAGUCAUGGUUUUUGGAGAGUACAACAUUGAUAUCAUUUGAUUUGCUAUAUGUAAGAAUUUGUCUGAAA